AUGGAUGACAAAACUAUGGAGUUGGGGUCCUUGGGGGCUGUCGAGGUUUUGCCACAUAAUAGCCCUGCAAACUCUGAGGGAAAAGGAAACACCACUAGAGACGACGAAGAAAUGGCAUACUAUGGCAAAAGGCAGCAAUUGAAGCGGAAUUUCGGCUUUCUGUCAAUCGCAGGGUUUGUCUGUAGCUUGCUGUCUACUUGGGAAGGAAUGUUUGCGGUCUUUCUCCUUGGGUUUCAAAACGGAGGACCCGCAGGACUAAUCUAUGGCUAUAUUUUCUGCUUCAUUGGAACACUCAUGGUCGUCGCAUCGUUGGCGGAGAUGGCAUCAAUGAUGCCCCUCUCAGGAGGCCAAUAUCACUGGGUCUCAAUUCUAGCUCCUGCUAGUUCUGCAAAGUUCCUCAGCUACAUCACAGGUUGGCUAACCGUCAUUGGGUGGCAGGCUGGGCAAGCAAGUGUUGCGUUCAUCAGUGCUCAAAUGAUUCAAGGCAUGAUAGUCCUCAAUCAUCCAGACUACACUCCGACUCGGUGGCAGGGAACCUUGAUUUUCUAUGGUGUGAUUGCCUUUAUAGUGUUUAUCAAUACAUAUCUCGCGAGAUGGCUUCCGAAGAUUGAAGGACUAGUGCUUUGUGUCCACAUACUGGGAUUCUUUGCCAUCCUGAUUCCCCUCGUCUAUUUGGCUCCCCACGGAUCUGCAAAUGAAGUAUUUACUACAUUCAUCAAUGGUGGAGGAUGGGAUACCAAUGGACUGUCCUUCUUUGUCGGUCUCACUACUAGUGUUUUCUCUUUUCUAGGCGCCGAUUCUGCUUGUCAUAUGGCCGAGGAGAUUCACAAUGCAUCAACUAUCGUCCCUUGGGCUAUGAUAAGCACAGUCAUGCUGAACGGUGUAAUGGGUUUCGGCAUGCUGAUAGCCCUGCUAUUCUGCUUGGGCGACAUUGAUGAUGCGCUCACAAGUCCAACUGGAUUUCCGUUCAUCGAGAUUUUUCGGCAAGCAACAAACAGUAACGCUGGCACUACUGUCAUGACCGUUCUGAUUAUGUGCCUCAUGAUCGCUGCGGCAAUUGGAAUCAUGGCUACAGCUUCUCGACUGCUGUGGUCUUUUUCUCGAGAUAAUGGUGUGCCUUUCAGCAAUUAUAUAAGUCGUGUUCAUACCAAGACAGCGCUCCCUCUCUAUUCGAUCUUGACUAGCACUACUAUAUCAAUUCUCAUCGCUCUAAUCAACAUUGGCAGUACGGCCGCCUUUAACGCAAUAGUUUCAGUCAACGUGGCAGCAUUUUUCCUAUCUUACAUGAUCCCCAUAGUACUUCUCUUACACAAACGCCUACGGAACGAUCCAGUCAAAGACAACAUACAUUGGGGGCCUUGGAAAAUGGGUCGUAUUGUUGGUCCAAUCGUCAACGUGGGAGCUAUGAUUUAUACGCUUAUCAGCAUGUUCUUCAGCUUCUUCCCCUCGGUUGAGGAAGUGACACCAGUCACAAUGAACUGGAGCUGUCUGAUCUUUGGGGCAGCAGUAAUGUUUAGCAUUGGGUUCUAUAUCGUUUUUGGAAGGCAUACCUACAAAUGGCCUAUCGUGGAUCCUAUUAGAAGAAAUCAGUAG